AUGGCUUUUCGCUUGGUGGCGCUCGGACUCUUCGCCUUUGCCAAAGCCGAAGACAUUGCCAGCGCAGUCGAAGUUGACGAUGAGUGCUCGGGCGAGAAAGCCUGUGCUUUGAACGCGCUGCAGCGUCAUGGCGUCCAGAGUGUCGAUGAAGAGUUGGCCGAGGUGGACGAGAGUGCAGCACAGCAGUACUCUGUCUAUUGGGUGUAUGGCAACGCAGGCUACAAUUGCGACCAGGUCUGCUCGACGAAGCAGUUCCAGGGCACUCGCAUGGUCUGUGAUGCUCGUGCCUUUGGCUUGGCACCGGAUGCUGCAGGGGUCAUGAAGGCUGCGCAGGCGGCAGGCACAAGGUGCUCGAUGACAUGGGCAAACAACGGUGCCUACGGCCACGCUUUCGACAACGUGCCCGCCAUCUGCAUGGCGUCCAAGUGCGGUGUGGAUCCUCAGGGCCUUUGCGCCUACAGCGCCCACAAUGCGGCGACCUGUGCAGGCCCGGCACCCAAUGGCUUCAGCCGAAUUUGCCCUUGCAACGUGGCCAGCCAGACCCCGGCACCAGCCCCGCAAUACUCCCACUACGCGCCAGCGCCAGCACCGCAGCAGUCCCAGUACAGGCCGGCGCCAACACCGCAGCAGUACGCGCCCGCCCCAGCACCGCAGCAGUCUCAGCACGCGCCAGCUCCCCAGCAGCCCCAGUACGUGCCCCCAGCGCCUGCGCCGCAGCAGUCCCAGUACGCGCCCACACCAGCACCUUCAAAGCACGAGAAGUGCGUGACCAAGACGGACAUCAGCUGCACCAUGGCAAGCUGCAGCAAGACCAUGGGCCCAACCGAGUGCAACUACAAGGAUGGUAGCUGGAUCCACAAGCGAUGCCACUGCAAGAAGGGCUACUGCUUCAAGGAUGACAAAUGCCGCAAGGCUUAA